AUGGCACGCCAAGCAAACCUGACCUCAACCCAACCUCAACCACCACGAGCUCGUCAGCAUCAGGCUUCAGUAUGGUUCGAUGCUCAUGGAUCAUGGAUCAUGGUUUGCCAUCUAGGCAUUGCUUUUACUGAGAUAUCAGGGGGACGACUCCUGAACUGA